AUGCUAUCAGGCUCAAAAAAACGCCCGCUAUCGCGCUAUCGGACCAUGAAACUCAGUAGCCCAAAGCGCAGACUUACACACGAUGGUGAAGAUACAGCAGCGCGCAGGUAUAAAAGGCCUCUGUGGGGGCGGAGGCCACCAAACCAAAAGGCAAUGGGAGAAAAGGCGGCAGAGAACGGCAUCGCGGCCAUGGCAGCCUGCUACCAGAGGUUCGACCCGGCGUCGUACCUGAAGUACAACUACACGCCGCCGCGGGCCGAUUUCGGCAGAGACGACAGCAUCGUGCCCUGGAAACUGGCGCGUCUGCACAGGGCCUUCACAGAAGGUGAUGUGCGCGGCGACCUGUUGGUGGACGUGGGCUCGGGUCCCACGCUGUACCAGGUGCUGAGCGGCUGCGAGGUCUUCAGCAAGGUGAUCCUCACGGACUUCCUGGAGGUCAACCGGCAGGAGCUGAGGCGCUGGCUCCGGGACGAGGGCGGCUGCAGCCUGGACUGGACGCCGUACCUGCAGUACGUGUGUCAGCUGGAAGGACGACGGCCGUCAGCAUGGACAGAGAAAGCCGCAAAGCUGCGCCAGGUCGUCCAGGACGUGCUCCCCAUCGACGUGCACUGCCCGCAGCCCGUCGCCCCCCACGGCCUUCCUGCUGCGGGGGCGGACUGCCUGGUGUCCACCUUCUGCCUGGAGAGCGUCAGUCCCGACCUGGCGGCCUUCACCAGGGCCCUGGGCCACGUCGGCAGCCUCCUGCGGCCCGGCGGCCACCUGCUGCUCAUCGGAGCCCUGGGCGAGAGCUACUACCUGGGGGGCCCCGGGGUGAAGAUCCCCGUGGUCCCGCUGAACGAGGCCCAGGUCUGUGCCAGUUUGGUGGAGAGCGGCUACACCCUGAUCCGGCUGGAGGUCUACACGCUGCCCCAGGACAUGAGGGUGGGCGUCGACGACGUGAGCGGGGUGUUUUUCGUGAAAGCAAAGAAGCUCUAAAAAGUGCAGAUGAUAGACAGAGGUUAGUAAAGAUUCAAGUAAAAAUAGUGAUAUUAGUCAUAACGCCCACACAUAAUCAGCUUUUAGGUGAGUUUGUAUUUUAUUUUUUUUUAUUUUAUUUUUAUUAUUUUAAAAUUUUAUUUUUACAAUGACAACAGUGAAUUUGUAAAAUACUCUAUUUUAUUUAGGAUUUUCUUCUAGCGGUUAGAAUUUCUUUCCUUAUUAACUGUUCCUUUUUUUUUGUCGACAGCAUAUGACUCAUAUAACAUGUAACCUUAUAAACCGUCGCCUCCUGCAGUUCAAACACAGCAAUCACAGCAUCAAGAAUGUAAAGCUUCAAUUUCUGCUUUAAGCACAUCCUAUACUAUAAAAUGAUGACGAUGACAAGAUAUUAAUAAGCGCUAUAUUUUCAUAAACAACUUCUCUGCUCUGUUUUAUAAUGCGUGAUAAUACUGAAUGCCUGUACUAGAGUUCAUAUAAAAUCAUUAUUGCUAUUAAAAUACAGGAUACAGCAAAAGCUUGGAAGAUUUAAAAACUACAAUUUUACGGGUUGAAUCAAAAAAAUUGCUGUGAAAAAAAUAUUUUUUAAAUAAUCAUUUUGAAAUAAAGAAUAUGACGAAUAAUUACAAGUAGUGGCCACUAGGGGGCAGUAAGAGGUAGAAUAUCAGCUUCAAACUCACAUGCACUUUGUCACUUGCUAACUCUGCGUUGACUAAUAUGCUGGUGUUUUAUUCUGUCUCUUCCUAAAUAAAGAUGC